UGAGCCCCUUCAACAUGAUCCUUGGUGGAAUUGUGGUGGUGCUGGUGUUCACGGCGUUUGUGUGGGCUGCCCACAAUAAAGACGUUCUCCGCAGGAUGAAGAAGCUGUACCCUACAACGUUUGUGACGGUGGUCAUGCUGGCUAGCUACUUUCUCAUCUCCAUGUUCGGGGGAGUCAUGGUCUUUGUGUUUGGCAUCACUUUUCCUUUGCUGUUGAUGUUUAUCCAUGCAUCCUUGAGACUUCGAAACCUAAAGAACAAGCUAGAGAGUAAAAUGGAGGGGAUGGGAACCAAGAGAACACCCAUAGGCAUUGUCCUGGAUGCCUUAGAGCAGCAGGAAGAGACCAUCACCAAAUUCACGGACUAG